CCACGAUUUCGUUUCUUUAUUCAUAGUCAGUUGACAGUAGAAGAAGAAGACGAAGAGCAGGGAUACUAUACUGAUAUGGAGAGUCGCCAGAAUGACGUACUGGGAGUUGCGGCGUUGUUUUUCCUCCUCACCUGGAUCACAGUCAGCCUCCGCAUCUACAUACGCGGUGUUUGGUUGAGAACAUGGGUGAAGGACGAUUGGUACAUGCUUGCGGCUUUAACCGCAUAUUCUCUGUACCUUAUUUUUCAGAUUGUAGCUGCGGGCUACGGCACAGGACGGCAUCGAGGGGACCUUCAGGACGAAAACGCUAGAAUUGCGUUAUUGUAUUCGUACCUUGGCGAAGUCUCCUACGUAUUGAGUAGCUGCCUACUCAAAAUCUCUCUCGAAGUGUUAUAUCUCGGCAUGGCUAUUCGGCGUUGGCAUAUCUGGUGCAUAAGACUACUCAUCGCAGGCACUGUUCUGUUUGGCAUAAUAAACUUUUUCCUGGUGGUGUUCCAAUGCACCCCCGUAUCUGAGUUCUGGGAAAGCCAUCCUGCUUCAGACAAAUGCAUACCGUCGGCACCACACCAGGGUCUCACAUACUUCCUCGCUACCGCAAACGCUCUCGCAGAUUGGACCCUCAACAUCCUUCCGUUCUUUAUCGCAUCUUCGCUCUCCUUAGAGACUCGAAUUAGGAAUCUAAUAACAGCACUCCUCGUCUUUGCCGCGAUAGCGAGUAUCGCCGGAACCAUCAGAAUACCCUACACCGCCUCCCUGACCAGCGGAGGACCAGACUUCCUCUUCGCCACAGCCAAUCUCACAACCUGGUCUACAGUCGAACUCGGUAUCGGCAUAACCGCUGCAUCGAUCCUCACUCUCCACCCGCUUCUUCAAGCCGUUCUCUGGCGACUUAAUCUGACACGCGAGCCUUAUCCACCCUCUUUACCAUGUUGUUGCCGUUCAGCAUCGCCACGCCAUCCCCGCGACGCCAGCGCCUCUCCGUUCCAAGGAGACGAGAAAGGCAAGAUCGGGAAUCGUCGUGUAUGGUACCGGCGCGAUUUCAAAUGUACUUCAACUACAAAAACACUGCCUACUUUGCUGCCGGUCGUGCAGUGUAAAGCAUCGAUGGUAAUCGCGCGGCCUUUGAGUGUGGCUAGGAGAAGUUGGCAUCCGCGUCCGCGAUCGCACAUCCCACGAGCCAUGGAUCAUUCUCUUGAAACCGGAAAUGCGGAAGCCGAAUUAUCAAGAAAUUUUAGCCAGAGAAGGAUAUGGAAAGUUGUAAGGGUUUCGCAACAUUCGCAGUUGCAGCCGCGACAGCCUGUUUUGGGAGGGCGUUAUGCGGGUGACUGGGGAGAAGGUGGGGAAGACGAAGAAGAGAAUGCUCCACGGUUACAGUUGGAUGAUAGCAUUUACUUUAGUUUUGUGAGAGGGAGUAUAUUGAGCUUGAGGCAGUUGAUUCAGGAUGUUAGGAAUAGUGGACCAAGUUCAGUUGUUUCAGAGGUUCAACAAGUGCGCGAAUGA